GUAGGAAUUUUCUUCUCUCUUUCUAUCCACAUCCCUCUCUCUUACUUCUGAUCGAUUGAUUUGUGCUUCAAGUUUUUCAAUUUUUGUUUGUUUGAGGGUUUUGAUUUUGUUGGAGAGGAAGCGAUGGUGACGGAGGACGAUCCAGCCGCGCUUUUCUGCGAUGGCCACUUUGCCGCGCCGGGGUUUCGGUUCCAUCCCACCGACGAGGAGCUUGUCCUCUACUAUCUAAAGCGGAAGAUCUGUAAGAAGAGGCUCAAGAUUGACGUCAUCGCCGAGACCGACGUCUACAAGUGGGACCCUGAGGAACUUCCCGAACUAUCUUUGUUGAAAACUGGAGACAGGCAAUGGUUCUUUUUCAGUCCUAGAGAUCGGAAAUACCCUAAUGGAGGAAGAUCAAGCAGGGCAACCAGACACGGGUAUUGGAAAGCUACGGGAAAGGAUCGUAAUAUUGUAUGUUAUUCACGGUCUGUUGGAUUGAAGAAGACCUUAGUUUAUUACAAAGGCCGUGCACCUAGUGGGGAGCGCACUGACUGGGUGAUGCACGAGUAUACCAUGGAUGAGGAAGAGCUCAAAAGAUGCCAGAAUGUACAGCAAUAUUAUGCUCUCUACAAGGUUUACAAAAAAAGUGGACCUGGUCCCAAAAAUGGCGAGCAAUAUGGGGCGCCAUUUAGGGAAGAAGACUGGGUUGAUGAUGAAUCCCCGGUAAUCAAGACCUCUGCUGAUUGCCAAAUCUCAGUGAAGGAAGCUGUAGAUGUUGUUUCUAUUGAUAAUGUGAAAGGCAAUGGCGAAGUCCAUUAUGCACCAGAUGACAUCGAGGAAUUCAUGAAACAGAUGGCUGAUGAGGCUGUGCUGCCACAAAUGAAUGGGUACGGUUACACAGCACACCAGGUUGUUAGCGAAGAAGAUACCCAAAGUGGUCUGGUUGAUCUGUACUCCAGGGAAGUUUUCAGUCCAGAACUUAUCAAAGAGUUCAAUCCAAAUGUGCAGCAAUGCAAUGUGAAGGCCAACUUUGACUUCACACAGUCAGCUACCUCCCAAAUGCAAUUGCAUGAGGCAUCUGAAGUCACUACAGCUGUUCCUGACAUUUAUGAGCACGGCCCUCCUGCUCUGCAUGAAGAGGAUUUCUUGGAGAUGGAUGAUCUCCUUGGUCCUGAACCUACUGUACCAAACACUCUGAAUCCCGUGGAUGACUUGCAGUUUGGAGAGCUAGAUGGAUUAAGUGAAUUCGUGUAUCAUGAUGCAGCCAUGUUUCUUCAUGACUUGGGGCCUUUUGAUGAAGGAAAUGUUUCUCAUCAUCAGUACAUGAAUUCACAGGGGAAUAAUAUUGUAGACCAAUUUGAAUACCACUUACAACCCAAUCCAGCAGCUGAAAACCAGGUUAACCAUAUCCUGAAUCCAGAAUUAACUCAGAUGAACAAUCAGCUGUGGACAAACACUGAAGGAGCAGAACCGAAUCAGGGAUCUCUCUCGUAUUCAACCUCAGGUGUGGUAAAUGAAUCUUCAAAUUUUCCUUCCCGAGCAACUCAAAAUCAAAACGGCAAUGAGGCUGCAGGUGCUACAAGUCAGUUCUCUUCUGCUCUUUGGGCAUUUGUGGAGUCUAUACCUACCACUCCUGCAUCUGCUUCAGAGAGUGCUUUGGUGAAUCGUGCUUUCGAACGGAUGUCUAGCUUCAGUAGGUUGAGAAUUAAUACGGCAAGUACAACAGCAGGUAAUGGUUCUGAAACUAUGAGAGCAGGCAUAAAGAGGGGAUUCUUCUUCCUUCCGGUUCUUGUAGCACUAUGUGCCAUUUUUUGGAUUUUGAUGGCAACUCUCAGACCACCGGGGAGAUGCCUCCCCGCUUGAGUCUGCAAGUGGGAAGUUUUGCUGCUAUAAAUAUAUAUAACAUAUAAUUAUUUAUAUUCAUUGUCGGAAGUUGAUGGGAAGUGAUUUCAAAUCAUUAUGAAAACAUAGGAUUCUAAUAUCUAUCUGAAUUUUGGUUGUAAAGGAUGAAUUUUAGCUCCUUUUUCCUUUACAAAAGUAAAUAGGAAAUUUAACAUGAA